AUGGAGAAGAAGCUGCCGCUGCCGCUGCCGCUGGCGCACGGGGAGGGGCUGUGGGCGCGGCCCUGGCGGUGGGCCAAGACCGCCUUCUUCCUCGUCUCCAUGCUCGCCUCGCUGCUCCUCGUCUGCGCGCCGCCGCUCCUCGUCGUCCUCCUCGACCUGCUCCUCCCGCCCGCGCUCCUCUCCAACUUCCUCCGCGCCUCCUCCGCACACACCCUCCUCGACCAGGCCAGGGGCUUCCACUUCCGCUCCUCCCUCGUCGACCUCCCCGCCGUCUCCGCCGCCCGCUCCCUCCUCAUCCUCUGCGCCUACACGGCGUGCGGCGGAGGCGCGGCCUACCUGUGGGUGGCGGCGGCCUGCAGCGUCGGCUCCCUCUUCUACGUCCUCGCCAAGGCCGUCGCCGUCUUCGGCGUGCCGGCCGACGGCGCCGCCGGCCUCGAGCUGCACGGCAAGGGCCAGCUCCUCGCCGUGGAGGCCAUGUUCCUCAUGUCGCUCGCGCUCGCCGCCGCGCACCUCGCCAUGGCAUACCGGGCCAGUAGCCGGGAGAAGCGCCGGCUGCACGUCGUCUACAGAAUCGACAUCGAAGCAGUGAGUCCCCUCACCCCCUCCAUGCCAAUCUUCGAUCGCAUUAAACACCAUCGCCAUGAUCAGUGUGUCAGUAGCAGCCACCGUCACACACGCCAAACAAACAAACAACUAAAAUUCAGAUAA